UCUCAGCCGACGUUGUCCUGUCUGGAAUGUGUAGAGCGCAAGACGAAGUUGGCCACUCUCAUUGCUUCCGUAGACCGGAAGAAUGGCGCCAGCAAGGCCAGAUACGUGACGAAACCAUCCAGCAAGGUUCGCAAGGCGAGCACGGCAUCAAUAACAUUGACCUCGCCUACUGUGGCUGCCAAUGGACUGGAUCCAUCCAUCACUCGGCCACCUCGCCCAACUCAAGCAGCUUCACAAGGAGCAUCGCCAUUCUUGGUCUCGAAUAUACCGUUCACGCAAAGCUCUCCCUCAAACGUCUUCGGCGUAGGAUCGCAGCAUCCGUUCUCCAACUAUUGGACUUGCCAAGGCGGGCUUCCGGAGGUGAUCUCAGUGCUUCCAAGCAAGGAUCAAGCAGACCUUUUGAUCGCCAAGUUCUUCGAGGUAGUCGAUCCCGUGUAUCCAUUCAUACACAGAAGAACUUUCUACUCGGACUAUGAGAAUUUCUGGGCUCUUCCGUCGGAGGCGAAGGGCGAUGUUGACGCUUCUCUGAUCGCUCUACACUUUGCUAUGUACGCACUGGGGACACAAUUCAUGACAUUCUCAUAUGAGGAGCGCUCGCAAACAGCGGAGUUCUACUGCUCAGCGGCGAAUCAGGCCUUACGAGUCUAUUCCUACUUAAAUCGGACAACCAUUCGUGCUAUUCAAGCCAUGCUUUUGAUCGCAUACUUUCUCAUGAACGACAAUCAUGCUUCGGACGCCUACGCCUGGGCAGGCAUACACCUCCGCCAAGCAUACGCAAUGCGGCUCCACCGCGAUCCUGAUUUGGUCGUGCCGGAGGCUUCGAUACUGGAGAAGCAGCAAAGACGGAAACUCUGGCAGGCGGUCUUCUUCCAAGACACCAGCGCUGCGACCCUCUUGAAGAUGCCACCAACGACUACCCACAGCGAUGUGCCUGUUGAGUCACUCUCUGACGACAACGAGCAGAAUCUAGCCUCCAUGAAGCAGGACGUUUCAUAUAUGAGAGCGAUGUGGCACCUGGGCAACCUUGUUCAAGAGAACCUUUCAAGCCCCAUGUCACUAUCGCUUCCCGUAGCGAACAGUCCAAGACACAAGGAGUCUUUAGUGGCUGCGUUUCGAAGACUUUACAAGUCAUUCCCGGCAUACUUGACGGUGCUGGACUAUGGAAUUUUACAACAACAGGUUGCAUCGAAUCCGCGAGCUGUCCGUCAAAAUCUCUUCCUGACCUCAAAUUACUAUCACUGUCUGGCACUACUACAAGCAUCAGAUAAUGCUGCACAAGAGGUUGAGGUCAACGUCAAGGGAGCUCUCGAAGCAGCUCAUGAAGCACUGUGUGCGUUCUUCAAACUUUUUGGCUUAUUCGAGAUCGAAGCGGGUGUUUGGUGGGAAUAUCAGCAUCGUGCCUUUGAAGAGAGCCUUUUGAUUGUCAACCUCCUGGCAAUGAACACCAUCUCUGAUGCGGACUACGACAAGAUAUUCCGGGAUGACAUCCGUCGGAUGCUGGAGCUGAUGUCACGCUAUGGU